AUGGAGAACCGUUUUGAGCCGGAACCGUUGGUGAGGGACGAUCGUAUGAUGACCCGGAUGAUAGAUCGAUAUACAGAGAUGCAAUCUUCGUAUAUUCAUGAAAGCCGUCAACUUGACUUGAUAGAGCAUAUAUGGGCGGUGAAAGGGAAUGAAGAUGAAUGA